AGUGUGGUGAGUAAACAAACACCGCCAGCCUGUGUGUGUGUGUGUGCGUGUGUCACGACAAGCUGUCUUUAGUGUUGGAGAAGGCUGAGUGCACUAAUGGGGAGGACUGACUCACCUGACUGCUGCUUGAGUCGAUGGACCUCAACAGCACGCGGAGCCAGUGUUACAUCCCUUAGGGACACUGGGAUUCUGGAGAGAGAUAAGAAAUAUAAGACAAGAUAAGGCGUGAUAAUGUAUACUUGUCCACCUAAAAAGAAGCUGCGCCAGACGUCAAUCACAGAGAUGCUCAAGAAACCUUUAUCUCAGGAAGAAGAAAAGAAAAAGCACACAAGCUCCUCGUCUAUGGAGAGAGGUGGUCACGUGAAGAUGAAGCCUGCUGGAACAUCCUCAACCCAGGGUGGCAAGAGUGUAAGAGGCAAGGAGAGGAGUGUAGAGAUGCGUGAUGUCUUGGCCAAUGCAGCCGAGCAGAGGAUUCAGUCAGCAGGCUCCCAAUCAGUGAAGAAAACCAUGAUGGGCACCAUCACCAAUAACACUGAGGACAGAGAGUGGCGAGGUGUGCCACUGUCAUCCCUGCCGUGCCUGAGUGCUGACAAUCUGAAUGUACCUGACGUGGUGCCCUCCCCUGACCACGCUGUUCUGGUGAGGCUGCCUGUGUCACCCGGCACUGUGCCUCUCCCACACCCCUCCUCCCAUAGUGACACCUGGGACCAGUGUCAUGUCCGGAUGCCUUGCUCUCCCAAAAGCCAAUACCCCAAGAACAAGGACAUGGUGGUUCCCCGCUGGAGUGUGAUCACUGAGGCUCUUAGCAGGAAGAUCAAUAGCGUGGAGGACUUGGAGCGAGCUGUCCUGGAAUACAACAGCCGGUACAUCUCUAAGUGGAAGUUCAGGGGACUCCAUCAUCUUCUGGAACAGGAGUUUGAGGAAGAGGAGCGUGCCAGCUUCUUCAACAAGACUCUGCCGGUGAUGGUGCAGCUGGCCCUGAGCCUGCCUGACCUGGUGACCAGGCCUCCUCCCCUCCUUCUGCAGGGAACCACUCACUCUGUCACACUCUCACAGAUGCAGAUUGCCUCUCUCCUAGCCAAUGCCUUCUUCUGUACCUUCCCAAGAAGAAAUGCCAAGGGGAAUGACACAGAAUAUGCCAGAUACCCAGACAUCAAUUUUAAUCGGCUGUUCUUCCACAAGGAGCAGCGGUCCCUGGAGAAGAUCAAGUGUCUGCUGCAUUACUUCCAGAGAGUCACCACCAAACCUCCCACGGGCACAGUGACCUUCACACGGCAGGCUGUGUUGCCACGGGACGUCCCCAAGUGGGAGGCGUCCCGACAGAGCCUCCCUAGCCUGCACGUGAGCAGUGCCGGCCUCAUUGAAGAGGCCACGGGUUUGCUGCAGGUAGACUUUGCAAACAAGUACCUAGGGGGAGGUGUGCUGGGCCUGGGCUGUGUGCAGGAAGAGAUACGCUUCGUGCUGUGUCCAGAGCUGAUCAUCUCCCGCCUCUUCACGCAGGUUCUUGACAAGACGGAUGCUCUCAUCAUCACAGGAUGUGAACAGUUCAGCAGAGCCAGUGGGUACUCGUCCAGCUUCCGUUGGGAGGGGCCUCAUGAGGACAAGACUCCCAUGGACCAGUGGGGCAGGCGGCUGUGCCAGGUGACGGCUAUUGAUGCUCUCCACUUCACCAAGCAGCCUAACAUUCAGUAUGAGCCUUUCUAUGUCAACAGGGAGCUCAAUAAGGCAUAUGCAGGAUUCAAAGUGAUUGAAGGAAGUGGAGGCAUUCCCACUGGCGUGGCCACGGGAAACUGGGGCUGUGGUGCUUUCAAGGGAAAUCCCAGACUCAAGGCUCUCAUUCAGCUGGCGGUGUGUGGCCACAUUGGGAGAGACCUCGCCUACUUCACCUUCGGUGACCAACAACUGAGAGAUGAUCUGUUCACCAUGUACAUCUUCCUCAAGGAGAAUAAUGUCACUGUGGGAGAGCUGACUCAAGCCCUGAACCACCAUGGCUACCGAGGCUGGUCAGACGGCUCAGACUUGUUCCAGUAUGUGUGUCACAGCCUGGGAGGUUCCUAUGACUCCGACACAGACCAGGAGUUAAGCAAGGACUCUGCCGAUGUUCGGGUGAAAGCGACUCCAGAUGUGAAAGAGGCAGAGGAUGCAGCCGGCCACCCACCAGAGCCAUCACAGACCAAGAAGCCUCCCACAGACAUUGCCAACUGCUUCCCAGAGCCCGGCCGUACCACUCGCUGCCCUCUGAGUGAAGAGAAAAUACUGCAAGUGCUCUCAGAGUGUGACCGGAUAUUUGAAAAUGAAAAGGCCAAAAAGAAACAAGGCGCAGGACCCACCAGUGAUGAUUCCUCUCAUAAAACUGAAACCCAGAGGAAAAUGGAGGAACAGGAGAGUGAACCAAGAAGAGCAGACAAAACAACACACAGUACUAGUGAUUCCAACAGACUGAGUGAAAGUCCAAGGAAAGGAGAAGACCAGAAAAGUGAAUUAAGAAGACCAGACAAGCAAGCACAGAGCAGCGACUCCAACAGACUGAGCGAAAGUCCAAGGAAAGCAGAGGAGCAGAAGAGUGAGUUUAGAAGAGCAGACAAGGCAGCACAGAACACCAGCGAGUCAAGCAAACUGUUCAGACUGCUUGAUGAGUACGACCGUCAAAUGGGUCAGGCGCCCCACAGCACCAGCGCCAGUGAACCACGGAGGCGCUUCUCUCUCUUGGAAGGAGCCCACCGCAAACUUAAUUAACCACACUGACUCAACAUGCAUACUUCAGGCAAAAUAUGAUAACCCUGUGAUUUUUUGAAGAUUAGUUUCUGGAGGGAGUUGAUGGGAAAGUCAAUAAAUGAUACUGUGAUUGAUUGUGUAAAGUUCAGGGAAGUGGUGAAUAUGAUGACCAGUGAUCAGUUGUUUUUUGAAAGGUUUUGGUUUCUGGAGGAAGUCAUUUGUGAAGUCAAUUAAUUAAUGAUUCUGCAUAGAAAUGACAAUUAUGAUGUGAUUGUAUUUUUAUUUUUUUAUUUAUUUUUUUUAGAUAUAUCAUUCAGGGAAAUGGUAAAAUAUGGUAACAUGAUCAAUUAUAUUUUUUUAUAGAUUUAGUUUGAUUUUCUUAUUUUUUGGAUGCCAACUAUAGUAGGGCAUGUAAUUUUAAUUUCGCCAUAAAUUUCAGUGGCAGGUAAUACAUGAACUCUGUAUAUUACUGUAUACCCAGCGUCUUGAGUCAGGCGGCUGUGUGGCUGUAUAUUUAACACCCAGACUGAGCAAAUAUACUAGUCUGGUGUUGCCACAUUCCUGUCAUAACACUCAGUAUAUUGAUUUGCUUAAGUGUGUGUGUGUGUGUGUGUGUGUGUGUGUGUCAGGGAGGUUGGCCAGGAGCUGCACAAGUCACUUCAAUUCAUUACAAAAGUUUAGGUAAAGUCUCUUAUUUAGAUUUUAGGAAUGAGUGACGAAUGCUUCCAUCAGUAACCAGUAUUCAGCUUGCCGUCACGUGCCGCCUCGCUUGUGGAAAGACCAAUUGUAUGAAAAGUGAAAUUUACAUCAUUAUAUUUUGUAUUUCACGUGGUUUUUAAUGUGAAAUAAUUAUUGCACAACAUUA